AUGAGGGAUGGAAGAGGGGCCCUUGGCAUCUGCCUCGCCAGCAUGGAGCGGGAGGGAGGCGCUGGCCUGGACAAACCAUUCUACGGACUUGAUGAUCAGAGAACCCAGAAGGAGAAUCCUUACCUGUCAGAGCUGCCUUCCUGGGUGGCUCAGCCUGCGUUCAGUGUCAGUGGAAAUUCACCAGAUGUGGCGUUAUCACUGGAGAUGAGAAAUUGCCUGAGUGAGGUUCCAGAUUUGCAAGAAUCAAUCAGAAGAAAUAACACUUCAGCAGUGGCUCUGAAUAAGACCGAGACUCAGUCCCUUGCUCCCACAGAAGAGCAGAGUACGGAGGCUCUGGUGAGGGAUGGGCCAGGAACAGGACUGGAGGGCACCGACUGCCAAGGAGAGCCUUGGGUGUGGUCUGCACACCUCCAGCUGCCACAAGUACCAUAUUAUAAAAAAUGGAAUUUGCUGCAGUUAGGACUGAGAAUUUUUGAGGAUGAACUGCCAAGUGCUUUCCUUGGGAUUGGCUCGAACCUUGCACUGCCUCUUCUGCACUCCGUUCUCUCUGCAAUCCUAUGCCCAUGUUGUGACGUCCUCCCACAUGAUGAGACAAGAGAUGUUUUCCUUGAUUUCUUAAAGCCCAUGUUUUCAGAGCAGACAGUAGAGGACAAGAAAACGCACUCAAGUGUAAACAGAGUACCAAACAGUCUGCAGACUGGGGUAACUGGCUCUAGGAGCUUCUGA